AGUAUGAGUUAAGGACAUGAAUUGCUGUAAAUAUUGUAUAUACAUAAAAUACCUAAAAUAUGCUGAAGAAAAAAAGAAAGGAAAAGAGAACAAAAGGAAAAGAGAAAUAUGUUCUACUCUUCAAAUUAUAUACGUCUUAUAUAAGAACCCCUUCACCGAUAUAACCCGGGGAAGGUACGUUGGUAUCACCUCCGAGUUGCAGUUACACCGAAGCGCUUAGGUUAGCGGUAAUUUCGGAUACCGAUAGGGCUAAUUCCGGUAGUAGUAACGGGCUUGAAGUGGGUCCUUCCCGCUAACGAUCGCGUGCUCGCCUGACAUCGUGAAAAAACACCCUUUUUUUUCUUAUUUCCCUCACGAGUCAUCGUCUCUAUUGUUGCGCGUUGGGUUGGCUAUAAAGCGACUACGGGUAUUAGCAUGAGGAAUCAUCUGCAUUAGUUGAACUAUACUUUCGGGAACAGGGAUAUACUUUGAGAGAUACCCAAGACUUUGCGACUUAUCAGAAUUCGUCACAGGUAGCUACCUAACAAACAAAAUGGUCCAUGCCGAUGCCUCGAAUUUUGCCGAGGGCGUAACCAAGGACGAGGCUUAUACGCAAGUCCUCUUGCAGGCGGAAGGUCUCUUCGACGGCCAAAGAAACUGGGUGCGUCUAUGCAACCUUGCCAACACGGCGUCUCUCUUAUGGCACGCCUAUAAGUCGUUGCCUCAUCCAAGCAACCAGGUGAACUGGGCAGGUUUCUACACCCUUGACCGUCAGUCCACAUCGUCGAAGAGGCAGCUCGUUCUGGGGCCGUUCCAGGGCAAAGUCGCAUGCCAAACCAUCGCCUUCGGAAAAGGGGUAUGUGGCGCGGCAGCAGAGACCCAGACGACGCAGUUGGUUCCCGACGUGGAGAAAUUCCCGGGACACAUCGCCUGCGACGGAGAUAGCAAGAGCGAGAUCGUGGUCCCCAUCGUCGUCGAGGGCGAAGGGGGAGAGAAGAAGCUGGUGGCUAUUAUAGACAUCGACUGCGCGGAUCUCAACGGGUUCGACGACGUGGAUAAGAAGUACUUGGAGCAGUUGGCAGAACUAUUGGGAAAAAGUUCGGAUUGGUAAAGUGUAAGAUGUGAAAGUAGCUUGUAGAAGAGCUAUGACCUAUCCCAACCGGUAUCCGACCAAUUGCAAGUCAGAUCACCUUCAUGCCAUAUGCAGGCUAUGGUGAAAAUAUAUGCCUUGCCACGUAUCAAGGCACAUUCUAUGCGUGGGGUUAAUUAUAAAUAAUUGAUUCACCGUCCACGGCUCACGGUAACUUUUGUUUAUUUUGAAGUUCAUACAGCUAAACACUGGCUACAGCUAUCUACGAUUGCCUUGGACAAAUCUAACAGGGUACUCUUUUGAUCUAUUAGAACUCCAAUCAAUACCAUUUCACCUCAUCCAUCCAUCCAUCCAUCCAUACAUACAUACAUACAUACAUUAGGUACAAAAGCCAAAAGCCUUUCAUCGUUGGGAUUAAGAGUGCCGCUACUUUACCCCC